CGCCUUCACACGUAACGCUACGUUCUGUCACUAGGCCGCACCUCUCCGCACUUCUCAUCUGCCAUAGGCAGAUUCCUACAACCGUUUCGUGUCCCUCCCUCCCCCCAAAAGUAGGCGCCCAACAUGGUGCUUUUCACCGUUGACGAGAUCCGUGGGCUCAUGGACAGGCCCACGAACAUCCGUAACAUGUCCGUCAUUGCUCACGUAGACCACGGAAAGUCAACCUUGACCGACUCGCUGGUCUCCAAGGCUGGAAUUAUUGCUGGUGCCAAGGCUGGUGAGACCCGAUUCACCGACACCCGUGAUGACGAAAAGGAGCGUGGUAUUACCAUCAAGUCUACUGCCAUCUCGAUGUACUUCCCCAUGGCCAAGGAGGAUCUCGUCGCAGUCCAGCAAAAGUCAAGCGGCAACGAAUUCUUGAUCAACCUGAUCGACUCUCCCGGUCACGUCGACUUCUCCUCUGAGGUUACUGCUGCUCUUCGUGUCACUGACGGAGCUCUCGUCGUUGUGGACUGCAUUGAAGGUGUCUGCGUACAGACCGAGACUGUGCUGCGUCAGGCGCUGACUGAGCGAAUCAAGCCAGUGGUCUGCUUGAACAAGGUCGACCGUGCUCUGCUCGAGCUGCAGGUCACCAAGGAGGAUCUUUACCAGUCCUUCCAGCGUACCAUUGAAUCCGUCAACGUCGUCAUUGCCACCUACAACGACCCCGUCCUCGGUGACUCUCAAGUGUUCCCCGAGAAGGGCACAGUGUCCUUCGCAUCUGGCCUUCACGGCUGGGCCUUCACUCUUGUUCAGUUCGCCAACCGAUACUCCAAGAAGUUCGGUGUGGACAAGGAGAAGAUGAUGGUCAAGCUGUGGGGUGACAACUACUUCAACCCCAAGACCAAGAAGUGGACCACCAAGGGUGAAGAUGCAGAUGGCAAGCCCCUUGAGCGUGCCUUCAACAUGUUCGUUCUCGACCCCAUCUUCCGUAUCUUCGACUCCGUCAUGAACUUCAAGAAGGACGAGACCACCAAGAUCCUCGAGAAGCUUGAGGUUAACCUUACCUCUGACGAGAAGGACCUUGACGGCAAGCAGCUGCUCAAGGUGGUCAUGAGAAAGUUCCUGCCUGCCGGUGAUGCCCUUUUGGAAAUGAUCGUGGUGCACCUUCCUUCGCCCGUCACUGCUCAGCGCUACCGUGUCGAGACUCUCUACGAGGGGCCCAUGGACGACGAGUCUGCCAUCGGUAUCCGUGACUGCGAUGCCAACGGACCCCUCAUGCUCUACGUCUCUAAGAUGGUGCCCACGUCCGACAAGGGCCGAUUCUACGCUUUCGGGCGUAUCUUCUCCGGUACUGUUCGCUCUGGACCCAAGAUCCGCAUCCAGGGCCCCAACUACGUUCCCGGCAAGAAGGAGGACUUGUUUGUCAAGUCUAUUCAGCGUACCGUGCUCAUGAUGGGACGUUACGUCGAGCCCAUCGAGGACUGCCCUGCCGGAAACAUUCUUGGUCUCGUCGGUGUUGACCAAUUCUUGCUUAAGAGCGGUACCCUCACUUCUAGCGAGACUGCUCACAACAUGAAGGUCAUGAAGUUCAGCGUCUCUCCCGUCGUGCAGGUCGCCGUCGAGGUCAAGAACGCCAACGACUUGCCCAAGCUGGUCGAAGGUCUCAAGCGUCUCGGCAAGUCUGACCCAUGUGUCCAAGCAUGGAUCGACCCUGGAUCUGGUGAGCACAUCGUCGCCGGUGCUGGUGAGCUCCACCUGGAAAUUUGCUUGAAGGAUCUCGAGGAGGACCACGCUGGUAUUCCCCUCAAGAUCUCCGACCCCGUUGUCGGCUACCGUGAGACUGUCCAGGCUGAGUCCUCCAUGACCGCGCUGUCCAAGUCGCAGAACAAGCACAACCGUCUCUACGUCACUGCUGGUCCUUUGGACGAGGAGCUCACCAAGGCCAUCGAGGACGGCAAGAUCAACCCUCGUGAUGACUUCAAGGCACGCGCCCGUGUCCUUGCCGACGACUACGGAUGGGACGUUACCGAUGCCCGUAAGAUUUGGUGCUUCGGCCCCGAGGUUACUGGUCCCAACCUUCUCGUCGACACCACCAAGGGUGUGCAAUACCUCAACGAAAUCAAGGACUCGUGCGUUGCUGCCUUCCAAUGGGCGACCAAGGAAGGACCUUGCGCCGAGGAACCUAUGCGUGGUGUUCGUUUCAACGUCAUGGAUGUCACCCUCCACACCGACGCCAUCCACCGUGGUGGUGGUCAGAUCAUUCCCACUUGCCGACGUGUAUGCUACGCAGCUGCCAUGCUCGCGCAACCGGGUCUGCAAGAGCCAGUCUUCCUGGUUGAGAUUCAGUGCAACAUCGACGGCCUUGGUGGUAUCUACUCGACCCUUAACACCCGACGUGGACAAGUCUUCUUCGAGGAGCAACGUCCGGGUACACCCAUGGUCACUGUCAAGGCAUACCUGCCCGUCUCCGAGUCCUUCGGUUUCAACGGUGCUCUGCGUCAAGCCACCGGCGGCAAAGCCUUCCCUCAGUGCGUCUUCGACCACUGGGCACUCUUGUCAGGUAUCGCCACUGAGAGCACCUCCAAGGUCGGAACUCUGGUCAAGUCCAUCCGUACCAGAAAGGGUCUCAAGGAGGAGGUUCCUCCCCUCGACACUUACUACGACAAGUUGUAAACGGCUUUUACUGCCCACUCUCAUGAAAUCGUGUACUUCUUGUCCUUCGCCAUCUUGCACAGUAGCCACCUAGCUGUGCCCGAAAAUAUAGCUUGCAUUCCCUCUAA